AUGUACUCAAAUGAUAAUUGGUCAAGUUAUUGUGACACAAAUUUCAAAGCCACGCCCCAGGAGAUACUUAUAAACGUCGAUCUUUUGGGCUCCACUCCAAUCUAUUUGAAAUAUUUGAAUAGUUGGAAAAAGUGUAUCAUACAAGGCAGCAAUGAACAAGUUGUCAGGCAAUCGAUCAGAAGAUACGAAAGAUUUUGGCUAAUCCUUCUGAACCAACUAUUAAACACAAACAACGACAAACACGAUAGUUACGAACUUGAACCACCGCCAGAUGUUCACUGGAUCUGGAUGUUGCAUUUACUUCAAACGGAUAAUUACAUAAGUUAUUGCAUUCAACGAUUUGGAAGGAUUCUUCCGCAUCGUUUCUGUCGAACCGAAUCUGAACAAGCAGUUUGCAGGUCUAGAGCUGCUCAUGCCUGGCAGAAAAACUUUCCCACAGAACCCUUCUAUCUUGAGAGUAAAGAAAAUCAUGAUAAACAUGAUAAAAUCGAUAAAGAUGUUAUUUCGACUUCUUCUUGGUCUGUUAAUGCAACAAGAUUAAAUCAUCUGCUUGAUUCUGCUAAAAAAGAGAAAGAAUUUAUUUACAGGAUUGAUAUGCCUCACUUUUGCGAUCAAACCUUCCAAUUUAACGCAAAUUUUCGUUAUCGAGAGUUUCUGGCUUUGAAACGUUUGUAUCCUCAAUGGGUGCCAAUGUACUUGCCAGCCGACAUCGAGUUGAUGUGGAGGGUGCACCGGACGCAGCCCAUCCAGUAUCUCGAUGACAUCAAUAGAAUUUUUAACAGUCGAAAAGUCAUCAACAAUUUUUCUGGAAAAGAUUAUAACGAUAACUCAAAGCUAUUACAAACAUUUGACAUGCAUAUGACAUACAACACAUUUUCAUAUGAGCAAAAUAGCCAAAUGCAAUUAGCUAUAAUGAGCGAAAAUCAAUUUUGGAGUUUGAACUACCCGAAUGAUGAAAAUUCUUUUUUUGUCGAUGGUACCAUACCACGGUCAUCGGCAUUUUUCGAAGAAACUAAAUCAAAUCAAUCAAAAUUAUCAACAUUAAAAAAUGCUGUUCAAAAUUCACAACAAUCUGAAAAAUUGCUUUUGAAACACUUUCCUUGUGAAGAAUUUGAAACAUUAGCAGUAGAAAAUUGUGAACUGAUAUUCAACAAUGUUUGCGUUGAAGAGUUAUGGACCAAACCAAAAAUGUUCAAAUUGAAAGCUUAUUUGUUAGGAGCAAACUCAUUCCAACAACAACUUAUUUUUGAAGCAAAGGGCCACAUUGGCCACAUCGUUAGCGAAACGGAUAAAAAACUCAAAACGUCCAAAACUGAACCAUCCCAUCUCGGAAAGUGUAAAUUCGACUCAAGAGAAAAUCGAGGGAUAGAACUUCAAGUGUUUGCUGGUCAUGGAUUUGGAUGUUUCAUGAAGUACAGACCAAUCUCAAACAAAAUAUUCCACCCACUUCAAAAUUUAUCUCUCGAUAGAUAUGCGUCAACACAGGAUCUUACCUGCGAUCGCACUAACAAUGAUUAUCUACAACUAAAACAAAAGAUGGUCUUACCGAAAGUGACGUACACAGAUCCCAAAAUCACACUGAGCUACACUGCAGAAAUAGCUAAUAGAAAACCAUUUCAAUUCACGUUGGACAGGAAUCCAGGUGAGGUAAUGGAACUGCCUGCUUACCUGGAUAUAUAUUUGCAUCAUGUUUCCGUAUGGCAACAAGCUAAAGCUGAUACUGAAGAAGGUCAAGAAUUUUUUGUCGCCAGGCACAGUUUAAAAUGCAAAGAAGCUUUCUUAGCUUUUGGUGUCGAAGUGAUACGAAAUGAUAUUUACAACUUAUGCGCAGUGCUGCUCUUCCACAACAACAGUCAGUUGGUAGCACUUGCGUAUACUAUUGACUCCGGCUAUUUGCCUAACUCCACACAAGUUUUAGAGACAUGUCCUUUGACUUACGACCCGCAGCUUGGUGAAAAAGUUAUGAUGGUUCAAAAAUCAACGGGCGAAGAUCUUGUCGUGAUUGCUAGAAUGGUAGAAGGCUGCAAUGGGAAUGGUAGAGUGAUUUUUAAAACCUACAAUUCGAAAACAAAACAUAUGAAGAUAAUAGAAAUUCAAGAAGAUGAAAUUCAAUCCUUUUCCAAUGAUCAUGUAUCCGUUGAUCUGCCAACUGGAAAAAUAACGAUAACAUCGCACGCAGAAAAUGUUCCUGAAAAUAUAGUUUGGGCAUUUUGUGUUGGCUGUUUGUACAUUUCUUCUCAGAAAAGUAGUAACUGCAACACCUCCAUGUCAUCCAGCCACUCCAUUCUAGGCCUCAACUCGUCUUCCAUGUCGAAAAUAAAUGCUGGAGGAUCCGUAAAGUCAUCAUCUGGCAGGGUGUCGCUCAGUGACGGAACUGCAACCGACGAAUCUUCGUCUGGAAAGAAAACACGAAAAAGAAUUUCCCUCCAACAACAGAGACAGAAUAGAAAACAAAUUAGAAAACGAAAGAUGUCGUUGAGUUUCACAUUUCUGCUCGCUUGCGGAUUUCGAAUUGAAACAUCUGUUAAUAAUACCGUCUUUUCAAAUAAUAAUAAUAAUAAUUACGGUUCGUGUUCCAGUGGCAGACAUGACAGAUGCAACAGUAGAAGCAAUCUUGAUUUAACGAAGGACAUCUGCACACUGUCGUCUAAUUUAAAUCAGUGUUGUUUAAAAACUACUAAUGAAACAAAUGCUAAUGAUUUAGUAAGAGACAGCGCCUACAAUUCAGUUUUCUCUUUGAACAACAAUGUAAACGGCACAGACGUUGCAACGAGAAAUGAUAAUUUGUCAAAAAUUCCACUUCGAAUAUGUCAAUCUUAUAACCCUUCUUCAAAUUAUAACGGGAGACCUUCUACUUAUUAUGAAAGAGUAAUUUUUGAAAAAUUGUGA